CCAUCAUUCAACUAAGGCUUCAUUAAUGAUGAAGGCCCUCCAAAGUAUUGCCACCACUUUGUGCUCCUUUGGCAUUUUACUUCUGUUUGCUAAUGCAUUGUCCUUUGCAAAUGCAACAACUCAUUCCCAUGAAUUUGUUGUUCAAGCAACACCAGUGAAGAGGCUGUGCAAUACCCAUAGCACCAUUACGGUGAAUGGCCAAUACCCAGGGCCAACCUUGGAAGUGAAUGACGGUGACACUCUGGUUGUCAACGUCGUCAACAAAGCUCAGUAUAACCUCACCGUUCACUGGACUGUCCGUGGGCCCGGACGAAAUUUUUUUGGGCCAGACCAGGUCAGCCUUGGACCCCGACCGCCCUUAUGAAAUGUUUGGAGCGAAGAUGGGUAGCUAGCCCGGUCCAUGAAUAGUUAGCCCGGAAAGCCUGGCCAUGCUGUGUAGUUCAGGAUGGACUGGACUAUGGAUCUUUUUAUUUGGGUUGUGGCUUAGGAAAUAGAAUACCGGAUAUAAGUAUAACACGAUAUUGAUAUGACGAUACAAUAAAACUUUAAA